UAAAUUGUUUUAUAAGAUAAGAGUUUGUCUAUUGUGUAUCACAUUGCAAACUCUAAAUCUUUUAAUCUAAGCAGGCAUACCAAUUUAUAGCUUCCACAAGAUCGUCUAUGGCGGCGGUAGCAGCUAAUCUAAGCAGAAGAUUAGAAGGAAAGGUUGCAGUAAUCACAGGCGCGGCAUCAGGAAUCGGAGAAGCCACAGUUGGGCUCUUUCAAAAGCAUGGAGCCAAAGUAAUCAUUGCUGACAUUGCAGACCAACUCGGUAAAAACCUUGUUCAGUCCCUUUCAGUUUCUCCAGAGGUCACAUACAUCCAUUGUGAUGUGAGAAGAGAAGAAGAUGUAAGUGCAGCGGUGGAUUUGGCCAUGGAGAAACAUGGUAAACUGGACAUUAUGUUUAAUAAUGCAGGAGUCAUUGACAAUAAAACUAAUAAGGCCGUAGAGUGUGACAUGGAAGAGUUUCAGCGUGCGAUGAAUGUAAAUCUAAGAGGAGUAAUGCUCGGAAUUAAGCAUGCAGGCCGCGUUAUGAUCCCAAACAAAAAGGGCUGCAUAAUUUCUACAUCGAGCAUUGCAGGGAUAUUUGGUGGAACGGCUUCAUAUUCAUACACAGCUUCUAAGCAUGCAGUCAUAGGCCUUACCAAACAAGGUGCGGCCGAGAUGGGAAAGUAUGGUAUCAGAGUGAAUUGUGUUUCUCCAUCUGGUUUAGCCACUGUUCUUGCAUUCCAAUACUUUGGAAUGAAUACCACCAAUGUAGAAGAGAAGAAGGUCGAGUGUGAGGCAUUUUGUAACAAGAUAUCCAAAUUGAAGAAUCAUACUCUCAAAGCACAUGAUAUUGCAGAGGCUGCUUUGUAUUUGGCCAGCGAGGAAGCUAAGUUUGUAAGUGGCCAUAAUCUUAUGGUAGAUGGAGGGUUCACAGUUGUAAACCAUGACUGGGGUCUCUACUAAUACAGAUAUAUAAAACUCCAAUAAAAGUAAAUUUAGUUUUGGUUAUGGUCAUUUAGGAAAAUAAAAAUUGUGGCAUUUUGUUAAAAUACGAAUAUAUAUCUUUCUAAGGGAUUUCAGAGGUUGGUUAUAUCGCAUGUUUGUGAUGAUAAAGAUAAGGAGGAAGGAUUUUGUGUGAUGUCAUUUCAGACCUCACUGAUGUAAGGGGCAAAUUAGAUGACCAAGAUCUCCCUUCACGGUCUGGAAUUGUUCUUAUUGUUUAAGCGACCUGUUUUUUCUGGUUAUCUGCUAUCAGUCUCCACCCAUAUGUCUAUGAUUUUGUUUAUUUGA